CGGCGCAAGCAGGAGCGCGCGGGCCGCCGGGAAUCCCUUCUGCGGCCCGCGCCCCCGACCCACCGACCCCGCCCGGGAGCCAUGGAGGGAGUGAGCGCGCUGCUGGCCAGCUACCCCACCGCCGGCCUGGCGGGGGGCCUGGGGAUCACGGCGUGCGCCGCCGCCGGCGUGCUGCUCUACCGGAUCGCGCGGAGGGUGAAGCCAACGCAUAUGGUGGUCAACUGCUGGUUCUGCAACCAGGACACACUGGUGCCCUAUGGGAAUCGCAACUGCUGGGACUGUCCCCACUGCGAGCAGUACAACGGCUUCCAAGAGAACGGAGACUACAACAAGCCGAUCCCAGCACAGUACAUGGAGCACCUGAACCACGUGGUGAGCAGUGUGCCCAGUCCCCGCGACCCUGCCCAGCCGCAGCAGUGGGUGAGCAGCCAGGUCCUGCUGUGCCGGAGAUGCAGCCACCACCAGACCACCAAGAUCAAGCAGCUGGCGGCCUUCACUCCCCGUGAGGAGGGCCGGUAUGAUGAGGAGAUUGAGGUGUACCGCCACCACCUGGAGCAGAUGUACAAGCUGUGCCGCCCCUGCCAGGCAGCUGUGGAGUACUACAUCAAACACCAGAACCGCCAGCUGCGCGCCCUGCUGCUCAGCCACCAGUUCCGGCGUCGGGAGGUUGACCAGGCCCAUGGACAGAGCUUCAGUUCGUCGGCAAUGAAGGCCCCCUUCCAGGUCAUCCUGCUCCGUGCCCUGGCCUUCCUGGCCUGUGCCUUCUUACUGUCCACUACACUGUAUGGCCCCAGCGAACCCUUCACCCCAGGGGCUGCCCUGCCCCCGGCCCUACCUCCUGGGGGCAACAGCUCUGCUGCCUCGGACAACACCACUACUCAGGCCGAGGGCUGGCAGCAGCUGCUGGGCCUGUUGCCGGAGCACACCACAGAGAAGCUACACGAGGCCUGGGCCUUUGGACAGAGCCACCAGACCAGUAUCGUGGCAGUGGGCCUGCUCACCUGCCUGCUGGCCAUGCUGCUGGCUGGCCGUGUCAGGCUCCGACGGAUCGAUGCCUUCUCCACCUGUCUCUGGGCCCUGCUGCUGGGGCUGCACCUGGCGGAGCAGUAUCUGCAGGCUGCUUCGCCCAGCUGGCUAGACACGCUCAAGCUCAGCACCACAUCCCUGUGCUGCCUGGUGGGCUUCACUGCAGCCGUGGCUACAAGGAAAGCGACGGGCCCACGGAGGUUCCGGCCCCGAAGGUACUUCUCAGGAGACUCUGCCAGCCUUUUCCCCUCCAGCCCCAGCCUGGCCAUGCCUUGUCCAAGCAUCACAGCCUCGCCAGCAUCCCUGUUCAUCCCCACCCCACCCGGCUUCCUACCUCUCACCAAGCAACAGCUGUUCCGAUCUCCUCGUCGGGUCUCGCCCUCCUCACUGCCAGGCCGCCUCAGCCGGGCCCUCUCACUGGGAACCAUGCCUUCUCUGACCAGGACAGACUCAGGAUACCUGUUCAGCGGGAGCCGCCCACCGUCUCGGGUAUCUCCACCUGGGGAGGUUUCUCUUUCAGACUACUUCUCUCUGCUGUCAGGCGGCUUCCCCGCUUCCGCUCUCCCUUCCCCGGCACCCUCCGUGGCCAGCUCCAUGGCCUCCAGCUCUGGCUCUCUGCGCCACCGCCGGCCCCUCAUCAGCCCUGCCCGGCUCAACCUGAAAGGGCAGAAACUGCUGCUCUUCUCAGCCCCCGGGGAAGCGCCCAAUACCCCCAGCAGCUCGGAAGAGCACUCACCGCCCAGUGGCAGCCUCUUCGUUGAGCCUCCACAGCUCGCCCAGAGGACUCACGUGCGGGACACGAAGCACACCAUGGACAUGAGAUCGAUGCUGGUCAGAGACAGCGCCUGCAGCGGCCACUCCAUCAAGAAAGAGGAUGACUCGUCUCGGUCCUCCACGUGCGUGGUGGACACCACCACCAAAGGGUGCUCGGAGGAGACAGCUCCCUGGAAAGCUCGUGUUGGUCCCUCUCUGCUCCGGGGCCUCCUGGCUGUGAGCUUGGCCAUCAAUGCACUCUUCACCUCAGCCUACCUGUACCAGAGCCUGCGCUGACCACCUUGAGUGCCCGCCCUUCCCGAGGGCACUGCCCAGGUGCAUGCUGCUUCCACCACUGCCGCGCAGAUCCCUCCCUGAGGGGCUCUGUCUCCGCCUUGACACCAGGGCCCUUGACCCCCGGGGUUGAGUCCCUGACCUCAGGAUACCUGCUGUCCCCACGACAGACUGCAGACCUCCGCUGUGUUUGGUGCUGACACUGACCCUGAAGCCGGGGGUUUCUGACAUCUGCCCGCCCCAGGGGCACCAGUGCUACUGCGGCUGCAGCAGGCCAGGCUGCCUGUGCCCUCCUGCUGCUGCCCACUCAGUCACAUCUUCCUCUCUACUCAGACACCAGGGGUCUGCCUCAGAGCCCCGCCCAAACCCACAUGAAGAAGGCCCCUGGGAGAAGCAUGUGGAGCCUGAAUCACUUCCUCCUUACACCUGCCCACUCCAGAGAGCAAGCCUCUCCCCAGAGCAGGCACCUGGAGCCCACCUUGCCCUGACUCGGCCCCAGGCGGGGCUGAGCAGGUGGGGAGCC